CUGCUGCGAGUCUCUAAGCGCCGCCUUCACUCACUCCACUGCGGCUCACACUCAGCGCUCUCGACCGCUGCGCCGCCGCUGCCGCCGGAGCAACGCCAUGGAUUUACUCCAGCUCUGAAUACGUGGGAAAUACGCUUUUCUUCUGUUUUAAGGUAUGAGCCAUGAGCCUGGGUGUCCAUCAUUAGGCAUGAUCUCGGCAGCACCAUGCAGCAUGGCCACCGUAAGCCCCCUCACUCCCUCGCCCAUCAGCGGGAGCCCCGCGGCCCAGUCCGGACACUCGGGAUUCGCCGCCGCUCUCCGCAAGCUCGCCAAACAGGCCGAAGAGCCACGAGGUUCCAUUAGUAGCGAAUCGUCACAUGUUUCCUCUCCGGUGACCAAUCACAUUUCUCCGGUCAGUACGCCUAAGCGGGUUGCCAUGGGUACCAACUUGGGCCCGCCCACCGGCACCCCUCCUGUGGUCACCAUCGCCCCGACUAAAACAGUCAACGGCUUCUGGAGGUCUGAAGGACGUCAGGCUGACGCAGGAUUACGAGGAUCCGGCCAGGAGCGUUUGGCCCCAGACCGGCCUUUACCAGGCCAGGAGAAGCCCUCCCUCUCUCUCCCGCCAUACCUGGGUUCAGCUCAUCCUUUCAGCAUGACCCCGAGUGCUCUGAUGCAGGACCCGCGUCUGCAGACCCACUUGUCCCGGCAGGUUCCUCAUAUGCUGCUAGCAGGAGCUCAGGACGAGUAUGUUCGCGAUGGUUUUCGUCCGUACGCCUCCGCCGAUGAGCUGCGCAUGCCUUUAGGACUCCCUCUAGGGCUGAAUCCAGGAACUGCGGCCGACGCUCUGGCGUACUUUCACUCAGGAUAUUUGCCUCAUCCCUCGCUCGCUUCAUACAGGAUGGAGGAUUAUUACAGUCUGUCCGCCCUGCGCUCGCAUUACUACCCGCUUCCAGAGGGGGGAACCCUGCCGGCCCUCCACCCGUCUGCCGUGCACCUGCCCGUGCCGGGCGUCUUUUACCCUCCUGACAUCGCACACCAGUCGCUGUCAGCGCUGCACUCCGAGAGGCUGCAGAUGGAAGAGGAGCUUCGCCAGCAGGAGCGAGAGAAGGAGAGAACGCGUGAAAUCGAACGAGAGAGGCAGUGGGAACAGGAGGUGCAGAGAGAGAAAGACAGAGAGCGAGAGCUGGAGAUCAAAAAAAGAGCGAGCAGAGACGUCCAGGCGGUCAAGGCCGUGGACAGACGCCACCUGAGCCACGAGCCGCCGGCCAGCCAGCACUUGAUCUCUCACUCGCAGACUCAUCCGUACACGCACCGGCCGCCCGGGAAGGAGCGGGGCAAGCUGGAGGAAAGACUCGCUGCUACCAGAGCCGCAGACAAAACCAAAGAAACGCCGCUGCUCAUGCCUCAGUCCGGCCCGUACUCAUCCUCAGGAGGUCCUUCAUCCAUCUCAAGCUCAGGGCCUGGCCUCUCUUCAAGCGUCCCGUUUGGGAAGAGCCACAGGCCCGUGGUCAGUCCCAUGAUGCUCCAGCGGCAGGAGGAGGACGACAGAUGGCUCGCCAGACAGAGAGCGCUGAAGGUGGAGAAAGCGGACAGACACGGCCAGGAGUUUCAACAGCAAGACAAGCAGCAGGAAGCAGCUGAACCACAGAGAGAGACUCACAGGUACAGUGUGGGUGUCAGAGACAUACCUCAACCACUAGGGGCGCCGCCUCCUCUCAUCACCCCCAAACCUCUUCCUCGGGACCAGCACCCAUCUCCUCCCGCUCCCAGCAGCCUGUGGAACCCCGUUUCCCUCCUCAGCUCGCCCCCGGACCGCCCUCUGUCCCACAUCCGUCCGUACUCAGGUCACAGCAGACCAAAACCUCCAGAAGAGGACGUCAGGCCCUCCUCCACUCGGGUCAGCAGCCUACUGGCGCCUGGCAAAUACCUGGCGGAGCUGGAGAAAUCCACCCGCAGCUUCAUGAACCAGCAGAGGGCCGCCUUCUCUCAGUCGGGACAAUCUGGAGACUACAGGACACCCCAGGGACCGGCUGUAGACAGGCCAGACCCCAUGAUGGUGUACGACCAGGCUCUCCAGCAGCACAGGAGACUCGUCAGCAAACUUGACCUGGAGGAGAAGAAACGCAGGGAAGCCAGAGAGAAAGGUUAUUACUAUGAAUUAGAUGACUCUUAUGAUGAGAGCGAUGAGGAGGAAGUUCGAGCUCAUCUGAGAAGAGUCACUCAGCAGCCUCCUCUCAAACUGGACACAUCUACAGAGAAGACGGAGUUUCUGUGUUUGUUUGGACUCACGACUCUCUCUAAGCGCGAUGAGGUGCUGGAGAUGAAGAGGAGGAAGAGGAGGCUGAUGUUGCAGGAGCGAUCCCCUUCACCUUCAGUGGUGCCGAGCAAACGUAAGACUCCGUCUCCUCCUCAUCCUCCCCUCAGCACACGCUUCACCCCUGAGGAGAUGGACCGCACUGACCAACUGGACGACAAGAAACACUUCCUCAGCAUGUUCAGCCUCAACCAUGUCAGUCUGGAAGAAAGACAAAAGAAUAAGAAGAUCGUGGACUUGCUGGAAGCCAUCAAACAAAAGACAGUUACUCUAGACACCCUCAGAUACGCCACAGAUACGCCCUGUUCCAGCCCGGCCGCUUCGGUGUCUGCUGUGUCACAUCCCAGUCAGUCAGUCAGUAAUGUUCACCCUGAACCCCAAAAUCACUCACCCAAAAACCCUCAUCCACCUCAAGACCCACCGCCACUAGCUCCUCUCCACGUUCAAGGCCACCCAAACACGACGUCCCCAGGCAGAAGAGGCCCGAGUCUGCAGGCCAGCGCUCCACAGCUUCUCGCCCGACCCAAGGACCAGCCGCCGCGCCCGAACGGAGUAAAACUCCCAGUCUGGGAGCGAAUACACUCUGAGGAGUUUGCACAGCACUUCCAUCAGUCCGUACUACAGUCCACCCAAGCAUCCCAGCCGAAACAGAAAGGUGGAGCGAAUGAGCGGUGUGAACCUCCUGCGCUUCCACCUCCAGGCCUCCAGAGGGCAGUAAACAGACUCCCAAAUGGACAGAGCAAUGGCCACUCGUGCCAUAUACCAGUCCAACAUGACUCUCCAGGUGUGAGGAAUGAGCUUUCAGCGGAGGAGGCCGUCAGUUCGGAUGAAGACGAGGAAGAAGAGUCGUUCAGUCCCAGGUGGAAGGGGAUUGAAUCAAUAUUUGAGGCGUAUGAGGAGUACAUGGAGGAGAGAAGUAUCGAACAGCAGGUUCUCCAGAGUGAGUGUAGACGUCUGGAGACGCAGCAUUACAAUCUCACUCUGACAGCCGAGCAGCUUUCUCACAGCAUGAGGGAGCUGUUGGCACAGAAGCACAAUCUGGCGCUAAAGAGAGAUCGUAUGCAGGCCGAACUGGAGCACAUCAAGAAAUGUCUAACAUUGCCAUUAUUACACUGGCACAGAGGAUACUACAAGAGACCUUCACCGAGGUGACCGUACUCACCCUGAUGAUGGACGACAGCGUGAGAACUGAUGACAGAGCGACAGAGAUCAAUGUGGUCUCGCAUCUACUGAACGUGUAAUCAUUUCAGCUCUGGCAUGAGGAAGAUAGACAAGCUACUGGUCAUUGUUUGGUGCCAAUGUCUGACACCUCACUGUGACUCACUGCACUACUACCACUAGAUAUCACAAAACAGGCAUUCAACAGCCAUCGAAAUAUCCAUUACUUGACAUACAGACAGGAUGUUUGCCAAGAGGUGCAGAAAACCAACUCAGAGCUGGAUAUGCACUUAAAACGGAUCUCUAAUGCAUUUGGUACAAAACCGUUGUACCGGAUGAUGAGCUGAUGUGGAAUUUAGUUCAAAUGUUUUCAUAUUUAUACAAUUUUUAAAGAAUAUGAUUGUGUAAAAUAAUGUCAGAUUGCAUUUUUGUAUGUUUUUAUUAUUAAUGAUUAAUUAUAAAAAGAACUGUAAUUUGAAAUCUAAAUAUUUUAAUGCUUUUUGCAGGGAAAAAUGUGCAGAUAAGGUACUGCUGGUCAGCAUGAAAGAAAAAAAAGGAAAUUAAAUGGAUUGCAUUGAGUUUUCAUUUACGAAGGUUUUAGGUUAUUAAUUGUAAUUGUCAGAAAGUCAUGAAAGUGUUUGUUUAGGACUCUUUUAACAAUGUUUCUAUAUGUUUUUUUUAAUUCUCUCUUUGUCAACCACCCAACUAAAGUUUUAAUGCCAUAUAUGUUAUCGACCAGUAUGCAUUUAUUUGAAAAUGGACACUAAAAUAAACCAGUCAAAUGUGGGAAUCGCUUUAUAAUACCUUUCAUUAAUGACAAAUGGCAUAUAAUAUUUUCACACCAGUAGUUCAUGAUUUGAGAUCAUAUGGAUAAUCAAAAGUAAAAAAUUAAUAUAAAUGUAUUAAUUAUUAUAUAUAAAAUAAAGAAGAAUAAAUUAAUAAAAACCCAAGAAUACCCAAUGUAGCAACUGAGAAUAUUGAAAUAAUGGAAAUUAUGAAAUAAAAAUACAGUAAUCAUUUGAAUAUCAUAUUUUCUGUUUAAUUUAUACAUUUAUUUCUAAAAUGAUAGCACAAAUGGGCCUUAAAAUAACAUUCUGUUAAACACUAUAUGCUUAUUUAUUACUGUUUGUUAUAGACUUAUAAUCAUGAAAGUAAUUAUAAAGUGUUACCCACAUUUUUUUAUGUAUAAUUUGGCCAAUAUGAUUUAAUUUUUAGCCUAGCUGCCAUGAGAGCAGUCAUUUUAUACAGAAUUUAGUGCCACAAAGUUUUGUAUCAGCUAUUACAAAAAACACAUUAUUGCUAUAUUAUUAAUUAUAACCAUAUUUGAAGUUGAAUUUAAAAGAAAUGUCCAAUGCCAUGAGUUGAGAAGUGUCUGUUUCAAAAUCUCUUUUUCUUUAAAACAUGGACCUGGAGGCCUGUAAUUAUUAUUGCAUAUUGUUUAAAACAAGAACGGCUUAUGAAAAUCUGUUCAUCUGUAGGAAAUGGAAAGGAAAUGGAACAGCCAUUGUUAUGGCAAAAGAGAAAAAAAAGAAAUCUGUAAAAUGUUUUAGUUGUAAUUUUUAGUGGAAUGAAAUGUGAGUUAAUAUAUUAUUUGUUGAAGGUAGAAAUACUUAUUUAUGG